AUGGAUUCAAAUUCAGAAAAAUGUCAACAAAAUGGCAACAAAUUAUUACUCAGGGGUGGCGCCUCCGUGAGAGAGCUGUUUCAUAUCCUUUCCGCCACCCUCCUCAGCCUCCUCAUCCCACUAUCAUUCCUCCUCCUUGCCCGGCUCACCACCGCCCGCUAUUUGUUAUCAGUUUUUGAUAAUUAUCCCAUGCAAAAUCCCAAUUCUCCUUUAUCCUUACUUUUUCUAUACACAAAACCCACAGUUAUUAAUUUACUAGUUACAAUUGUUAGUGUUUUAGCUCUUACAAAUGGAUUGAUUGGAAAAAUUAAACUUUUGAGCGGUCCGCCGCCUCCUGCAAAGGCAGUCGAAUUCCGGUUGUGUUUGUAUGUUGCGUGGAUUUUUCUUUGUAUUUUACAAAUUUGUGUUGCAUUGGGAAUUGAAGGGAGCAUCGCCGCCGGCGUCGAUGGGUCCAAGUUUGGGCAGGAGAAGAGUUUGCCGUGUAGAGUCGUUUUCUUCUUCGGAUUGCAUGAAACGAUGGCGUUUUGGGAGGCAGCGGUGGUGAAGCCGGUAGUGGACGACACGAUUUUCGGGUUCACGAGGGAGCAGGGUUGGGCGGAGAAGGUGGCGACGGCUGUUAGUUUUGGUGGGCUCUGGUGGUGGAGGUUGAGGUAUGAGGUGGAGGCGCUAGUGGUGGUGCCGGAGGUGAAGAGGGAGCUGAUGAUGAAGAUAGGGGUGGCGGAUUUUAUUGGGUGGUGGCUGUAUUAUUUAACGGUGACAAUUGGGAUGGUUAGGGUGGUGAAAGGUGUCAUAUGGGUGGUGAUGAUUUUAACAUGCCGGCGGAGGUGGCGGUUCGUGAAGGGCAAUGACGGUGGUGAUCUCUGGGUAAAUGAAGAGAAGGUUUGA